GGCAGUGCAGUGGUCCGUCGGUCCGCCGGUCCCUGGGUCUGCCCGGCCCCACCCUGCCUCCCGGGGCGGCUCGGCUCCAUGGCCCGCGGCGGCGGCGGCGGGAGGUGGCCCGGGGGCCGUGGGGACCGCUGACCGGGCGGUGGGGCCGGGCCAUGGGGGACGGAGCGGUCCGCAGCUGCGGGAGCCGGGAUCCCUACCCGAGCUGGAGCGGCGCCCCCUGCUGAGCCCCGAGCGCUGGGUGAGAGGAGGGCGCGCGCGGCCCCCAACCCAGGGCCCCGACAUUCCAGACCCGGCCCCGUUGAGGGGCCGCCCGCGCGCCGCCCCAGAUCCUAGCCCAGGACCCGGCUGGCAGCCGGAUGCUUGGGCCCACUGGGCCAGCCACUGGCCGCCUGCGGGAUGAGCAGACUGCUGGGGGGGACGCUGGAGCGGGUCUGCAAGGCUGUGCUCCUCCUCUGCGUGCUGCACUUCCUUGUGGCUGUCAUCCUCUACUUCGACGUCUACGCCCAGCACCUGGCCUUUUUCAGCCGCUUCAGCGCCCGAAGCCCGGCCCAUGCCCUGUACCCUGCAGCCAGCAGCAGUACCAACUGCUCUCGGCCCAACGCCACUGCCGCUAGCUCCGGGCUUCCCGACGUGCCCAGCGCCAGGCCUGGCACCACGGCUCCAGUCCAUCCACCCUGUCCCGACAUGCCGCCUGGUCUUGUGGGCCGAGUGGUCAUCGAGUUCACCUCACCCAUGCCUCUGGAGCGGGUGCAGAGGGAGAACCCAGGCGUGCUGCUGGGCGGCCGCUAUACUCCACCCGACUGCACCCCGGCCCAAACGGUGGCAGUCAUCAUCCCCUUCAGACACCGGGAGCACCACCUGCGAUAUUGGCUCCACUAUCUGCACCCCAUGUUGAGGCGGCAGCGGCUGCGCUACGGUGUCUAUGUCAUCAACCAGCAUGGUGAGGAGACCUUCAACCGGGCCAAGCUGCUCAAUGUGGGCUUCCUAGAGGCGCUGAAAGAGGAUGCUGCCUAUGACUGCUUCAUCUUCAGUGAUGUGGACCUGGUCCCUAUGGAUGACCGCAAUCUGUACCGUUGUGGUGACCAGCCCCGCCACUUUGCCAUUGCCAUGGACAAGUUUGGCUUCCGGCUGCCCUAUGCUAGCUACUUUGGAGGUGUGUCAGGCCUGAGUAAAGCCCAGUUUCUGAGGAUCAAUGGCUUCCCCAAUGAGUACUGGGGCUGGGGCGGUGAGGAUGAUGACAUCUUCAACAGGAUCUCCCUGACUGGGAUGAAGAUCUCCCGCCCAGAUGGCCGGAUAGGCCGCUACCGCAUGAUCAAGCACGACCGGGACAAGCAUAACGAGCCCAACCCUCAGAGGUUUAGUAAGAUUCAAAACACAAAGAUGAGCAUGAAGUGGGACGGCAUUGGAUCAGUGCGGUACCGGGUCCUGGAAGUGUCCCGGCAGCCGCUCUUCACCAACAUCACAGUGGACAUUGGGAAACCCAUGUCAUGGCUCAACCUCAGUCAAGGCUGACACUAAUGGACCAAGGCCCUCCGUGCCCUUCCGGUGUGGAAGGUUGCCCACCAGAGGACUGACCUACAGCCUGGCUGACAGCUGCUUUGGGAUCAUCCCUAAGACUGAGACUGUGAGCUGUUUUCUGAGUCUUAAUAGACAGCCAGCUGCACCUAGAAGUUUCAGAACCCACUUCGAGGGGCUUCUUGGCAAGCCUCUCCUGUGGCCCUCUCUGGGGUCAACCCUUCUUCCUGCCCUACUUUCCCCAGCCCAAACCUCCUCACUGUUAGGGUUGGGCCAGCCCCUGCACUGCCUCUCGGAGUGGCCUGGGCUAGGUCACUCCACCUAUUUGUGCCUCAGUUCCCCCCCACACCCCCACCCUCGAGUCCUCCAGGGCCUGGAAAGGUGGGAGGUUUGACUAGGGGGCAGUGUCUCUUCCAGAGGGAGCUCUCAGCUCUGGAGAUCCCUCGUGCUUCCAGGGGAGGGGAAACCUUUUUCAUUCAACAUUGUAGGGGCAAGCUUUGGUGAGCCACCUGCUGAGGAGCGCCCCCAGGAGGGGACCAGAAGGGGUGCUGUGUUGUUUCCUGGGAUCAUGGGGUUGCCCUUUGCAUGGGGGAACAGGUGGGGCCUGGAUCAGUCGAUGGUCCUGGCCUCCCUCCCUUAAGAGGCAGAGGCCCCAGGGCCUGCUCUGUUUAUAUGUUGCACAGAAACUUGUGUGGGUGCUUUAGUAAAAAACGUUA